UACAGGAGAUGACCAGAGAUGGCGGACAUAAUACAGGAGAUGACCAUAGACUGUGGACAUACUACAGGAGAGGACCAGAGACUGCGGACAUAGUACAGGAGAUGACCAGAGACUGCGGACACAGUACAGGAGAUGACCAGAGACUGCGGACACGGUACAGAUGACCAGAGACUGCGGACACGGUACAGAAGAUGACCAGAGACUGCGGACAUGGCACAGGAGAUGGCCAGAGACUGCGGACAAGGUACAGGAGAUGACCAGAGACUGCGGACACGGGGAUGACCAGAGACUGCGGACACGGUACAGG